UAUAUGGUUUACUAUGAUGGAAUGAUAUCAAUAUUCAAUUAUCAAAUAAAUCAAUUCGAUUCGAACUUGUGAAUUGUGAUUCAUAACAAUUUAUUGAUAAUUGAGGAAUAAUAUUAGUUUCAUGUUUUCUGAUUUUAGGUUUGCUAAAAGCACGCAAUGGGCCCACCGCCAGUUGUUACUGGAAUAUCUCCGAAAGAAGGACCCCCUGGCACAAGAGUAACAAUAAGAGGAGAGUUUUUGGGAAUAAGCGCAACAGACCUAGUUGGAUUAAAAAUAUGUGGAUGUGAUUGCCUGCUGUCAGCGGAAUGGAAGAGUAUAAACAAAAUAGUGGCUCGCUCAGGACCUUGCAAGGGGAGAGGGGACAUAAUAGUUUCUACCAGAUCUGGAGGAGAGGGCACAUCUACAGUACAAUUUCGAGGUUACCAUGAAUCAAUUGGGCCAGUGAAGGAGAGUGCAGUGUGGGUAGAAGAAGCAGCUCCACCGCCUCUACCUUGGGGACGUCGUCCGAUGUCACCUACUGCAUACACACCACCCGAUCCCUUGGGACUCUCAACUGAAGGUGACGAAUGCAAGUUCCCUGAAGAGGACCUGAAUGAAUUAUUCCCAGAAGGUUCUGGCAAACUAUCUGAUGAGAAUUUUCAACCUGGCUGGUACCUAUUAGAACAUCAUAGCAACACUUCCUUUGAAGAUUUGAAAGCUGGAAUGGUGUUUCUGCAGAGAAAAGUUGAGAGCCAAAAAGAGGGGCAAUUGAGCUUUCUGAAGGCGAACACUGGGGCAGUGAUGGACCAGUUGGACCGGCUUGUUCUUCUCAAGAAUAUGUAUGAGGAGGAUCACAGGAAGAAUGGGAAAGAACCACUUCCUAGUCUACAAGCCGCCAUUGAAGAAUCCAUUUCUCUUGCCGACUCUCUCUUCUCUGAAAUAUUGUCUCGCAAAGCAAACGCGGACAAGACUAGAGAAGCGCUCUCUUUGCUCACGCGGCACAAGUUUCUGUUUCAACUGCCGGCGUCCAUAGACAAGAACAUACGCAAGAAGGAGUACGACUUAGUUGUCAACGACUACACGAGAGUCAAGAAUCUGUUUGGCAACACAGAUGUUAAGUUAUUCCAGAAAAUAUUAGACGAAGUCGAUAAGAAGAUUGAAGAGUUGAAGGAUAAUUUAUAUAAAAGAAUUAAAAGUAUGCCAUGUAAUGUUCAAGAGCAAACGAAAUACAUAAGGUUACUCAUAAGUUUAAACUGGGAGGGUGAUGCUGCGUGGGUCGCCAUCACCACACGGAAGGAGUACCUCAUGAGUCUCAUGAACAAAGUGCGGGACCAUUUCAAACAGAAAGAAGAGCAAGAAAACGGCGAAAAAGGCAAGCGGAGAGGGCGCGACGCGGUCGGCGGCGAGAGUGACACGUGCGCGGUGCGUAGCGCGUGGUGCGCAUGCGCGAGCGGCGCACUCGCGGGCGAGUUGCACGCACUGUGGCCGCUGGCGAGGAGGUACUUCGCGGGCGACCUGGCCGGGGAGCCUAACGAACCCAGGCGACACGCAGAGUUAAAAGAGAUGAUCAUAGCAGCGGUAGAGUUAUUCUCAGAGCACAUGCGGGCGUGCCUGCUAUCGUCUGGUAGCAGCUCCAACAUGGGGCUGGAGGCUACGAGGAGCCGCCUUCUCUCCAACUUGAGACAUCUCAGAGAAGCCUACGAGUCACUCAUCAAACUGGAUCUGCCCUCGCAGCCUCUGAGCAUAGUUGAGAAGGUGAUAUUCGAGUACCGCGUGCAUGGGAUGACUCUGUUUCUGCAGCGAGCGCACAAACAAGUCAAGUCGCUCGCAGACAGAGAGACCUGGAAGAUAGUGCAGUACUCCGACUACGGGGCCAUCACUAACCUGCCAAGUCUACUGGAGACCACCAUGGAGGAGUGCCUGUCGUCCAUCCACAAGUGUGUGCUCGCGAGCGGCAGACGCGAGAGCCCGCUGCUGGCUGAGGGCAGCGAGCCGCUCAACAUCCUUCAGAAACACACCCAGCAGAUACUGCUGGCCUUCGUCAGCGUUGUGGAGAAGCUCGCCUUGCACAGUGAAGAUGCGGAUUUCAACCACUCGAGUCUAUCGGUGGCGCUCGAGCAAGCUUUGGAAGAGGCAGAAGGCGGGGCUCGCACGUGGCAGCAGCGACUGUUGAUCUCAGCGGCCAACGCGCAGUACACGAGGCGCGUCACGUUGAACAAUAUCGCGGCUGUGUUUGAUAGUAAUGGCUUCCCCAAACCAACACUAGCACUCACAACAACUAAGGAAGCGCUGAGUAAUCUGGAAUCGAGUAUAGCAGAAACAUAUUUGGAGCAGAAAGGUGAUCCCUUAGUUGACACCAUUGAGCCCAGCAUGUAUAUGGGCCGGAGCAAAAUAGAUCCAGACACUUUGGUUGACGACGCAAGACCAUAUGUUUAUGAAAUUAUCAAUAAUUUGAUCGCUGUGCAUGCAGAGGUGGACAGCAUAUGCGGGUGCGGGUCGUCGCGCUACGUGCGCGACAUCUGUGAGAUCGUAUGCGAGGAGGUGGCGCGGCUCUCGGCGUGUGUGGCGCCGCACUCGCGGGCCACGGCCUUCCGAGCACGCCUCGAGUGCGGCCUGCUGCGACUGGCGACUGCGAACCAUCUCACGAGGAAGGCCGAAAAUUACCUCGCCCAGUCAUUAUCCGGACUGCCUCCGUUAGACAAUGCUGAUGAUAAAAAACACCUGGAGACUGCAAUGCAAAGAUUCAAGAAAAGAAUGGAACUUCAGCUUGUCAGCCUUAAUUGUAAUGUUGAGACUGUUUAGUUAAAUUAAGUAUAUUAUUAAUGUAUAAUAAUAUUUAAAAUAAUAUGUCAUGUUUUUAAAGUGAUAACCCUCACUUCUAGGAUUAAAACACAAAUAAAAUUUGAAAAACAAAAUUGUUUAGAUUUAUUAGACAAGAGCGACAUCUCAAGUCAAUUUCCUAAUAUGCAAAUAUUGGGAUUGAGCGGGUUAUAAACUAUAAAGUAGAUCCUGUAGAUGAAGCCACAACCUGAGAGUUGAACAAAGCAAACAAGAUUUUAUAACGAUAAGUUACUCGAACGGUUGGCUCAGUUGGUUAGAGCACCGGGACUGAACGGCGGAGGUCGUGGGUUCGAGGCCCGCAUCGUUCAUAAAAUUUUGUUUUUCAAAUUUUAUUUGAAUAUUUAAAAUGUACUGUGCUAUGUUGUUAUUUAAGAAAUAAAACUACUAUUUAUAUACAAAGUAUAUUAAGAUUGUUGAUAAUAUGAUGAUAAAUUUUAAAUUAUUAAAAUAUAUAAACUA